GGAGAGACACGCGCUGUGGAAAGCUCCAGACAAACAUGGCGACGUGCGCGAAAAUGAUAAGAGCAGCGGGAUUUCUCCAAAGAACAGCAGCUCACAUGGUCAAAAACACUUCGCCAGGGUGCUUCAGAUUCGGCAUACAGCGGGCCGACACACCGGGCACGUGCGGGUGCCGCUCGGUUCGCCUGUACAACAGUUGCGGCUCGGUUCACGCCUCUAACAUGACAGCUGGACCUCGUCGCUGGAUGCGGGUGACCGGCGUUCGUUUUGGCCUCCUCGAGUCAUCGCCCUGCCGCCCCAGAGCCUUCGGAAACCGGGCGAGCGGUGCCGGCUUCCACGGGGAGGAUGGCGCGGAGAGCGGCGGCGGUGACUCGGGAGGAGAGGAGUCCGGCGGCGGCGAGGACGGAGGAGCGGCGUACGCUGGAGCUCCGAUAACAGCUCUGACCCCGAUGAUGGUGCCGGAGAUUUUCCCCAAUGUGCCACUGAUUGCCGUGAGCAGGAACCCUGUGUUCCCCCGAUUCAUCAAGAUUAUCGAGGUGAAAAACAAAAGCCUGAUGGAGCUCCUCAGGAGGAAGGUUCGAUUGGCGCAGCCCUACGCCGGAGUAUUCCUCAAGAAAGACGACAACGACGAGUCAGACGUAGUGGAGUCCCUGGAUGCCGUCUACGCCAUGGGAACCUUUGUGCAGAUCCACGAGAUGCAGGACCUCGGGGACAAGCUAAGGAUGAUCGUCAUGGGUCAUCGCAGGAUCCGCAUCACCCGGCAUCUGGAGGUAGAGCCCGAGGAGGCGGAAGCGGUGGCGGAGUCGCCUGAGUCGCAAGGCAAGGCCACGUCGGGACGCCGAGCCAAGCGCGAUCGGCGGGAGGAGCGGAUAGAGGACAAGAUCGCCCAAGCUGACCUGAUGCCAGAACUGCAGCCCUCGUCCGGCAUCCUCAUGGUGGAGGUGGACAACGUCCUCCACGAGCAGUUUACCGUCACAGAGGAAGUCAAGGCGCUGACGGCCGAAAUUGUCAAGACCAUCCGUGACAUCAUUGCGCUCAACCCCCUCUACAGGGAGUCUGUUCUGCAGAUGAUGCAAGCGGGCCAACGCGUGGUAGACAACCCCAUCUACCUGAGUGACAUGGGCGCCGCGUUGACGGGGGCGGAGUCACAUGAGCUGCAGGACGUCCUUGAGGAAACCAACAUCCCAAAGCGUCUGUACAAAGCUCUGUCGCUGCUCAAAAAGGAGUUUGAGCUCAGCAAGUUGCAGCAGCGUCUGGGCCGAGAGGUGGAAGAGAAGAUCAAGCAGACGCACCGCAAGUACCUGUUGCAGGAGCAACUCAAGAUUAUCAAGAAGGAGUUGGGCCUGGAAAAGGAGGACAAGGAAGCCAUCGAGGAGAAGUUCCGCGAACGUCUGAAGGACAGGACUAUCCCCCAGCACAUCAUGGACGUCAUCAACGAGGAACUCACCAAGAUGGCCUUGCUCGACAACCACUCAUCAGAGUUCAAUGUGACCCGCAACUACCUGGACUGGCUCACCAGCAUGCCCUGGGGCAUCAACAGUGAGGAAAACCUGGCGUUGGACAGAGCCAAGGAGGUUCUGGAGGAAGAUCAUUAUGGGAUGGAUGAUGUGAAAAAGCGUAUAUUGGAGUUCAUUGCGGUCAGCCAGCUGCGAGGCUCCACGCAGGGCAAGAUCCUGUGCUUCUACGGCCCUCCGGGGGUGGGCAAGACAUCCAUCGCCCGCUCCAUUGCCCGUGCCCUUAACCGCGAGUACUUCAGGUUUAGCGUGGGCGGCAUGACGGACGUCGCCGAAAUCAAAGGACACAGGAGGACGUACGUGGGUGCCAUGCCAGGGAAGAUCAUCCAGUGCUUCAAGAAAACCAAAACGGAAAACCCACUGGUUCUCAUAGAUGAGGUGGACAAGAUGGGCCGCGGCUAUCAGGGCGACCCGUCCUCGGCUUUGCUGGAGCUUCUGGACCCCGAGCAGAACGCCAACUUCCUGGACCACUACUUGGAUGUUCCCGUGGAUCUUUCCAAGGUUCUGUUCAUCUGCACGGCCAACGUGACCGACACCAUCCCGGAACCGCUCCGAGACCGCAUGGAAAUGAUUAACGUGUCGGGUUACGUGGCUCAGGAAAAACUGGCCAUCGCCGAGCGCUACCUUGUCCCCCAGCUGCGCUCGCUGUGCGGCCUGAGCGAAGAGAAGGCAUCCAUCUCGUCCGAAGCGCUCAGUCUACUAAUCCGACAGUACUGCAGAGAGUCCGGCGUCAGGAACCUGCAGAAGCAAGUGGAAAAGGUUUUCCGUAAGGUGGCCUUCGCCAUCGUCAGCAGGCAGCAGCAGGUGGUCAGCGUCUCAGCACAAAACCUUCAAGACUACGUUGGGAAACCAGUUUUCACCGUGGACAGGAUGUAUGACGUCACGCCACCGGGGGUUGUCAUGGGGCUGGCGUGGACCGCCAUGGGAGGCUCGACUCUGUUCAUCGAGACAUCCUUGCGUCGUCCUUUGGCUAAAGAUGGCAAAGGAGAAGGUUCUCUGGAGCUAACAGGUCAGCUGGGUGACGUCAUGAAGGAAAGCGCUAAAAUCGCCUCGACCUUCGCCAGAGCCUUCCUGAUGCAGCGGGAACCCGAAAACCGCUUCCUGCUCGACUCUCACCUGCACCUUCAUGUUCCAGAGGGGGCCACGCCCAAGGAUGGCCCGAGCGCCGGCUGCACCAUCGUCACGGCCCUAUUGUCCCUGGCGACCGCUCGGCCCGUGCGUCCAAACGUGGCCAUGACCGGCGAGGUGUCUCUGACGGGGAAGAUCCUUCCUGUGGGAGGCAUCAAGGAGAAGACCAUCGCCGCCCGACGCGCCGGCGUGACCUGCAUCAUCUUGCCGGCGGAGAACAGGAAGGAUUUCUCUGACCUCCCAGAUUACAUCACGGAUGGCCUGGAGGUUCACUUUGUGGACCACUACAGUCAGAUCUACCCGGUGGUCUUCCCUCAGUCUUGAGCGCCGAGUGCAUGUCACGUCCACUCGGUCCGGUUUGGCGGACAGUGCCACGGCCGAAGCGCCCGCCACCGACGGACCGACGACAAGCUGGGAUGAGCACAGGAGGGGAUGUCGCCGGUCUGCUGCCAGCCAGCCUGGCCAGCCGUGGCUGCCAUGUUGCUUGCUGCGGACAAACACUUUGAUAGAUGAUUAUAAUUAUUUUUAUUUUAUAUUAUUGUCAAUGUAUGCUUGAGUAAAAAAUGCAGUAUAAAAUUUAUGAUGAAGACAAAAUGCUAAUCUCAUUCUAUUACAAGGUUACCACUGACCUGUUUUUUUAAAAUAAUUUCCUAAAGAUCUUGCACUUUCAUACAAGAAAUUUCAGAUUAAUUACAAAUAGUGCACAUUCAGAAUGGAGACAAAUUUUCCAGGGGGUUAUUCACAGUAUUCACAGACACGCGCUGGCAACACAGGAAUGACAAAAACAAUUGCAAUUUGUGGCGAAAUUGUGUGUGAAGGUGAAAAAGGUGAAUAAAUACUUGGGGAAUGAUACAGAAUGAUGUAUAAAGUUGGAAUGGGUUGAAUCGGUCAAAUAAUGUAGCAAUUAGAAGG